GCCUGGGCUCCCGAUCGCCGGCGAACCGGGCCCGGAGCCGCGGGAAGCUCCGCGCACAGCCACCAUGGACAGCAGCGCGGCCGCGAAGGACACGGUCAGGUUUGCUGUCUUUCACACACGAGCCUGGGACUGAAGCUAUUUCAAGUACCUUCAGAAUGACCAUGCACCAGCAGCUGGGCUGCAGACAUCCAAGGGGAGAACAGAUGGCCACUCAUUCGGUCCAUUUUGUUAUAUGCUAUCGUUUAUGAAGUGAGCUUUCAGCCACCUGAAGAUGCCAAGAGGAUGAACGCUUUCAGCUCAAGCAGACAUUUAAGGCAAAGAAGCAAUAGAGGUGAAAAUCCCACAGAGUCACCAUGAUGCCCAAUGAUGAGCAGUAAUUACUGCAGCAACAGUUCAGCCAGCAUGAGUGUCAAUGAAAUGUCUGCCUUCUCUCUGACUUUAGAACAAAAAACUGGCUUUGCCUUUGUGGGGAUCUUGUGUGUUUUCUUGGGACUUCUAAUUAUCAGAUGCUUCAAAAUUCUGUUAGACCCCUACAGUAGUAUGCCUUCAUCUACAUGGGAAGAUGAAGUUGAGGGGUUGGAUAAAGGAACAUUUGAUUAUGCACUUGCAUGAAAACUCACAGAAUAUCCUGCCUUAUAUUUGAUGUUGAUUUCAUUUUGGAAACCAACUGUUGUUACAUUUGUUAUACAUACCUGCAUUUUGGAGAUAUGUUGGUGCCAUCCAUUUUGUUAAAUAAAUUUGUUGCAGACUCAAAA